UUUGGAUUGCGGUGCUUCGACAUUGAUCCGGCCAUCGACCAAACAACCGGCAAAUCAGAUUCCAUCUCGCCACUGUCUGCCAUCCUGUCGCCACUUCCGCAAAGCUUGGUCCUGGAUGGUGGAUGGACAGUCCCAUCGCCAGCAACGUCACCUACCGCGCCGGCUAUAAAAAGUGUGCCUCCAUCGGCGGCGCUUCGUGGGCUUGGUGGCUGCUUCGUUUCGUCACCACCUAACCCGCUACUCUUCGCUAUGCAGGUUAGUGUUCCGCAAUCUCUCUUCACCAAGAAGAGCAGUAAUUACUUUUUGCUGCAGCUACCGAGCCCACGUUGCUGCUGUAUAACUGUUGUUGAAUGCGUCCGUGCCGUGAGAUUGUUAUUGUUGCUUGUAUCGGGAGACAUUGAGUCAAAUCCGGGCCCUGAUGCUGUUCUCGCUGAACUGCAAAAGCUUUCCGCGGGCCAGUCAACCCUCUUAAAUGAAGUGCAGGGACUCAAAAGCCAACUACUAACAACAGAACACGCCCUAUCCGACCUAGCUAAGCGAAUCGCUGAUAUGGAAAAACAUUACCAAGCUCUGCUACCCCUAAAAGCCGAACUUGAACUAAUUAAAAAAAACAGCGUUCAAGCAGUGCGCAAGACAGAUGACCUUGAGGCACGUUUGGAUGACGCAGACAACAGGUCACGGCGUAACAAUUUAAUUUUUUAUGGUGUACCAGAUGCCAAUCCCUCAGAAUCGUAUGCACAAUCUGAGCAACUUAUCAUUCGCCAUUGCCAUGACCACUUAGGCAUAGAUAUAAACCCUAAAGAUAUUGAUCGUGUCCAUCGCUUGGGCCGCCAUUCAGGCAGCAGAUGUAGGCCAAUAAUUGCGAAGUUCACUUUCUACAAGACAAAACAAGAAAUACUUUCAAACGGACGUAAGCUGAGAGGAACGACAUACAGUAUUGGAGAGGAUUUCUCGCGUCGUGUUCAAAAUGCCAGAAGGCAGUUGGUCGAGUUUGCAAGGCAGAAGUCCUCUCCGUUUUCGUUACGCUAUAAAACACUACACAUCGGCUCGAAACGCUACUCGUUCAAUGAAACCACAAAAACAGUACAAGAAAUUCAAUAGCAAUCAAGUCGACGUCAUACUGUAACCGCCAAUUCUCACCCUAAAUUAAAAACCAAACUUUCUUUUUCUGUAAUUUUCACGAACGCUCGAAGUUUUAUGCCUAAACGUGAUCACCUGUCUCAUCUUGUCAAGUCAUCAGAUAGCAGUAUUCUCAUAUUAACAGAAACGUGGUUAACAAAUGACGUCACCGACGCGGAAGUGCUCGCCGAUCUACCGGGUUUCAAUGCUUAUCGGAAAGACCGCGAAAGUGCUCGCGG